AUGGAUUAUGGUAUGUAUCCGGGCAAUAAACGAUCAAAUGAAGAUAUCUUAUCUAAUCCCAAUGAUCAUAAACGCAAUCGAAAUGCACCAUCAGUCCGUACAGAAUAUCGAUUUCUAAUUGCAGUAUCGGACGCUUAUGCCAUAUUCGGACGAAAUGGUGAAAAUUAUCAAUCGAUAAGAAAUAAAUAUCAUAAUCAAAUUGAUAUAUCGCAAUCUUCUACGCCCGAACGUAUUUUAGUGUUCUACGGUGAUGAAGAUCGAGCAAUGACAAUCUUGGGAGAUAUAUUACCUAUCAUGGCACAAAAUCAAGGUGUACGUCCGGGUUUUGUUGAACUACGUGCAAUGAUACAUUCGUCACAAGCGGGUGCAGUCAUUGGAAAAAGUGGUGAUCGCAUAAAAGAAUUUCGACAAAAAUAUAAUUUAGAUACGAAAGUAUUUCCAAAUUCCACACCAGGUGAUACCGCAGAACGGGUUCUUUCAUUACGCGGUGAAUUACCUAAUAUUAUCGAGUGUUUACGAGAAGUUUAUUCAAUUCUCGAUCAAACACCUAUUCGUGGUCCUAUACGAAAUUACGACCCAGCAUUUUACGAUGGUACUGAUGUUGAACGUUACGGCGGUUUCAUGGAAAAUCAUGAUUUUCAAGCCACGCGCACGCGAUUCAAUCCUAAUCAUCAACAGCAACACAAUAACAAUUAUAAUCAUCGAAAUAAUCAACCGUAUUAUCCGUCAAAUAAUGGUCCGAUGCCAACGACAGCUCUUGUAACAAUUCCAAAUUCAUUAUCGUCGUCCAUCCUUGGACCACGCUGCAGUCGUAUAGCACAGAUCCGACAGCAAUCAGGCUGUGUGAUCAAGUUCGACGAUCCAUUACCAAGUAAUGAUCGAAUUAUUAGUAUAAUUGGUUUACCAAAUAAUAUCAUUCAUGCCCAAUAUUUAAUGCAAACAGCAGUAAAACAAUGGACUAAUUCAACGGUUUCAUCCUAG